AUAUUUCCCGUCCCAACUCCAAGUAGAUACGGAGUAUAUAAGAACCAAACCAGCAGUUGUGCAUCAUUAACUAGCUCGCACCGACCGACGACUCCGCCGCCGUCUCCUGAUCUCCUCCCCUACUCUCCGACCACCGCUAUUGUUUUUGCGUCGGUGCACUCGGAACGAAUCAGAAGGGGAUUGAAAUGUCAAUCGACAUAAAAGUCGAGCAGUUGAAACAAUUAAGGGACAUAUUCUCGAGAUUCGACAUGGAUUCCGACGGGAGCUUGACGGCGUUGGAGCUGGCGGCUCUGCUCCGUUCCUUGGGUCUGAAGCCGUCAGGGGACCAGAUCCAGACGCUGCUGGCCGACAUGGACGCGAACGGGAACGGAGCCGUGGAGUUCGACGAGCUGGCCGGAGCAAUCAUGCCGGAGGAAAUCCUGGUGAACAAGGAACAGCUGCUGGAGGUGUUCCGUUCGUUCGACCGGGACGGGAACGGUUACAUCACGCUGGCGGAGCUGGCGGGAUCCAUGGCCAAAAUGGGGCAGCCGUUGACGUACAGAGAGCUGACGCAGAUGAUACGGGAGGCGGACAGCGACGGCGACGGGGUUAUAAGCUUCAAUGAAUUUGCCACCCUAAUGGCAAGGUCAGCCGCCGCUCAUCUGGGACUCCCGCUUCCUUCCUAAUAACCAUUCUCAUUCAUGAACUGUAUAUGCUGAUGGCGGGCGGCCUUAACAAACCCAUCAUUUCUUUUCAUCACUCGAUCAAUCUCAUCUUUUAUUUACGAGUAGUAGUUUCACUCUUUUCCCACAAAAUACUAUCUGUACAUAUGUUUGAUUGGUACAUUUUUUAAUAUGCCAUAUAUUAAAAAAUCACUUUUAAUGAACCAA